CUCGACUUGUGACAGCAGACAGAGAUGGCGGACAACCCGUUUGACGAUCCGUUUGCUGCCAGCGGAGGCGAUGGAGACAAUCCCUUUGCCUCUACCACACCAGCCUUUGAAGAUGACAACCCGUUUGCCACACCUGCCCCUAUGCCCGUGUCGUCGGUCCCAGCCAAGAAGAAGAAGAAGAAGAAGAGUGCAGCGAGCGGAUCAACGGGAUCAGGGACAAAGUCGGGCUUUCGAGCUACCUCGACAGCGUCGUACACGCCCAUCGAGACGUCGAGCAGGACUGCUGGAAACGGAGGCGAUGACGAUGGCGCGAGCAUGUUCUCAAAGCCGGCCAAUGCAGGAUCGAUGUUCUCAGGCGCGGCAAGCUCGCUGGACUAUGGCGACAAGGUCGAGGCGCUUAACCGCCGCGAGGCAGAGCUUGAGGCCAAGCAGGUCCAGCUGGUGCAGAAGGAGGAGGAGCUGCAGCGGAUGUUGGCCAAGAUCCAGGGCAUGCGCCCGGCCAACUGGCCGCGCUGCCGGCCCAUCAUCCAUCACGACAUCAAGGGUGAGAUCCCGCGUGAGUUCCAGUCCACUGUCCGCCGUAUGUACAUGCUGUACUACUGGACGCUCCUCACGCUCACCUUUAACUUUGUGGUCCAGAUCUGGGCCAUGGUCGCCAAGGUCGGCGACAUUGUCGGCUUCUUCCUCGCCCUCGCUUACAUGCUCUUUGCUCCGUUUCUUGCGCUCGGCUUUUGGUACGUCCCGCAGUACGCGGCCAUGCGCGUCGGCAAGGCCUCCAAGUUUGUGUCGUUCUUCAUGGGCUUCAUCAUCCACAUCCUCUUUAUCGCCCUCCUCCUCGUCGGCAUCACCAAGGUUGGCGGUGCAGGCAUCGUUACCGCCGUCCGCCUCUCACAGGCUGGCUAUCACCUCGGCACCACCCUCUGCGUCGUCAACAUCUUCUUCCUCCUCAUCCUCCUCAUUUGCUCCAUCGCCAUGAUCCGCGUCGUGCACUCGAUUUACCGUGGCCGCGGCGGCGACCUCUCCCGCGAUUCGCGCGCGCUCCUGCAGGAGUCUGCUGCCCAGGGUGCCGUCUUUGCGGCAAAGGCCUAGCUUUCUUCUUUUACUAAACGCCACGGCUCACCUG